UCUCUCUCUCUCUCUCUCUCUCUCUCUCUCUCUCUCUCUCAGCGGCUACAACUUUCCCUCUUUCCUCGCGGGUCGGGGGAGAUCCAAGAAAGCUCCAAUCUUUCCGACUCCCGCGCCGAGGAAGGGGGAAAAGAUGUCGACGCCGGCGAGGAAGCGGCUGAUGAGGGAUUUCAAGAGGCUUCAGCAAGAUCCGCCGGCGGGGAUCAGCGGUGCUCCCCUUGACAACAAUAUCAUGUUCUGGAACGCUGUGAUCUUUGGGCCUGAUGAUACCCCAUGGGAUGGAGGCACGUUUAAGCUUACGCUACAGUUCGCAGAGGAUUAUCCAAACAAACCUCCAACUGUCCGUUUCGUUUCGAGGAUGUUUCAUCCAAACAUAUAUGCAGAUGGGAGCAUUUGCUUAGACAUCUUACAAAAUCAGUGGAGUCCAAUUUAUGAUGUUGCAGCUAUAUUGACUUCUAUUCAGUCUCUUCUCUGUGACCCAAAUCCGAACUCUCCGGCGAACUCGGAGGCAGCUCGCAUGUUCAGCGAGAACAAGCGGGAGUACAAUAGGAGAGUUCGGAGCGUCGUGGAGCAAAGCUGGACUGCAGAUUGAAGAAGACAACUGCUUCAGUCACAGCCUUAUGCUCUUGUUAGUAUCAUACAGUGUUCUUGCUGGUCUUCUGUUGAAUUUGUCCUUUAAUUAUCUUGUGAUGACUAUCUUUGUCUGAUCUUCUAUUGUGUGAAUCUGUGAACUCUAAGCUUAUAUAAAGAAUCAUGGUCUGUCUCAUUUAGAAGCAA